UUUCCGACGCUCCUUGAAGGCACCGCCAGUCUCCAACGUGCGCAACGGUGACGUCAUCAGUAGCAUGAUGGCGGUAGCCUGGACUGUUUUGAAUCCCGUCCCGCUUUUCCACCAUUAAACAUUAACUUGUUUUAUUUUUUUUUUUCUCUCCCCUACCUAAAAUGCUACGCCGCAUCUUGGAGGGCAUCUCCUAAACCUCAGACACUUCCAUGGAUUCUGUUGUGGGUGACGACCAGACGCUCCCCGUUGACUUAAACGGAAGCUGCGGCCUUCACGACACGGUGAACGCCGGCGACCCCUUCAGCGCGGACGUCAUGACAGCGCCGUCGUCUUUUCCCGGCAAGAUAUCCGGCACCAAAGCCCUCACCAUGAAGGACUAUGAAAAUCUAAUAACUGCGCUGAAAAAGGAGAACUUCAACCUGAAACUGCGCAUUUACUUCAUGGAGGAGCGCAUGCAGCAAAAAUGCGACGACUCCACGGAGGAAAUAUUCAAAACGAACAUUGAGCUGAAAGUGGAGCUGGAGUCCAUGAAGCGCGACUUGGCAGAGAAACAAGAGCUGCUGGUUUCUGCCUCCAAAGCGCUGGAGAGUCUGUCGGUUCGAGAGACAACGGAGCCGCAGCACAGCGAGGAAGCGCAGAGAGACGUGGACGCGCUACGGGACUCCUUCAACAAGAGGAUUGCGGAACUGGAAGACUGCCUUCGAACAGCUGAAGACGAGGUGGAGAAGAUGGCAGCCAUCGCUGAGCAGGAGAAGCUGAAAAACAUCAACUUGGAGAAGCAGCUCCAAUUGGUCGGGCCAGCCGGUCCCGUCACCCCCGCAUCUGCUGGGCCCGUGCAAGAUCUGCAGCUGGCCCUGCGGGAAAAGGACGACAUCAUCGAGCACCUGAAGGUCACGUUGAGGAACCACGAAGCAGAGCGCAAUGGAGAGACUGACCCGCCGUCAUCUGAUCGGGUCAAACAGCUGACGGAUGAACUUGAGGCCCUGAGGGACGAACUACUAAGAGAAAAAGAAAAACGAAUACCUGACCACCAGAGCGAGGUUCAUCGACUCGAGUCCAUCAACAAGCUGCUCAGUGAAGAGCUCGUCCAGGCAAAAAGCAUUCACGAGAACCUGACAAAGACGCUGGAAGAAAGCGAGAGUGAAAGCAAGACUUUGUCAGUAAGGCUGGAUGAGAGAGAGAACGAACUCCACGUGGAGAAGAAAAACGGCCUAAAGCGAGACAAAACCAUCCAAGGGCUCACGCAGGUCCUCAAGGAAAAAGAGAAAGAGAUUGCAGAGCUGUGCAAUGAGAUUGAGGACCGCGAUGAUGCUCUCGCCAAAGCUCGGGAGACGGCGCACAAGGUCCAGAUGCAGAAAUAUCAGGGAGCGGAAGAGCACCAAAGUCUUUUAAUGGAUAAGCAAACGGAGCUGGUCCAGCUCCAGGGCGAGCACCACGCCAAGGUGCUCGAAGCCCAAAAGCUGCAGCGGGCCGUUGACAGGAGGGAGCAGGAGCUGGCUGACUUGCAGCGGGCGAAGGAGCAGCUCGAGGUGGAGCUGGAAGACCUGCAGCAGCAGAAGAAGAAGGGAGACAAAGCCUUGAAUGAUCUGAACAACCAGCUGAAAAAGCUGAGCAGCGAGAUCGGGGAGCGGGAAAGUUCUCUGGAGGAGCAUUACCAGGAGCUCUUGCAUCAAACCCAACGAAAAGUGCAGGCCCACGAAGUCACCAUCCAGCGGCUCACGUCCACCUUGGCCGAUAAAGAGCAGCAGUUACUGGAGUACAUAAACAUGGUCAGGGAGUUUGAGGAAAAGAAGAGCCCGCCGGGAAAUGAUGGGAUGCUUGCAAAGCUGCGCCAACGGCUGAAAGAAAAAGAGAAAGCGUUGGAGCAAGCGUUGGACGAGAGAUUUGUGGCCAUUGAGGAGAAGGACAAUGAAAUCCACCAGCUGCAGCUGUCGCUCAGGGAGAAGGAGAGAGAUCUCGAGAGGCUCAAUAACCUGCUGUCACAUAACGAGGAAACUAUUAAUAGUUUUGACAGCUUGAUCAAGGAGAAGGAUGUGGAACUGCAGCACCUCGCAAACACACUGAAGAACCUGCAAAGGGCCAAACAAGAUGUGGAGGACAACCUGAACAGGACCCUGAGGGAAAAAGACGCCAUCAUCGGCCAGCUACAGCUCUCCCUCGAUGGCAAGACCAAAGAACUGGAGGAAAUGUCCGAAUCGGCGCCGAGCAAGUCGCAAAGUUCCGACUUGGCCGAGCAGAUGGGCCAGAAGUUGAAGCUGAAGGAAGCGAUGCUGGCUGAGGCUUUGAACGCCAGGGAAAGGCUUGUGGCCGACAACGAGGGCGCCGUGGAAGGGCUGCUGGCGACGAUUAAUAGCAAGGAUCAACUCAUCAAGGAGUCCGCUGAGCACUACAAUCGCAUGCUGUCCGAACGCUCCCAGGAGAUCCAGGAGCUGCGGAGGCAGCUCUCUGAGCGGCAACAGCAACUUACCGCCGCUGAGAGGCAAAGCUCCACGGCGGUUCAGAAAGACUCCUUGGAAACCGCCAAGCUCAGACAGCUCGUCGCUGAAAAAGACAGCAUCAUCGACAGGCUUCUCCAACGUGGUCAGGAGACGUACGACAAGGAGCCAGAUUACGUGCUAGAUCUGAGACAAACCAUCCAGAUCAUGCAGGAGAAGUUGGACGGGCAAGAAGCCGAACGCUCCAGGAGGAACAGCGACGAGAGCGUGGAGAGCAUUCCAGUCUCCAAGAAGACAGUCGUGGUCCUUAAGAAAGAGCUGGCACAGAAAACUGAGGCUCUCAACAAAGCACUGAAGAGAGAGAACCAACUGAAGAUGUCUCUGGCGGAGCUCCAGUCGUUGCUUUCCGAGCUGGAGGGACGCAGCGAAGGCCAGGCUGCCAAUAUUGAGUCCCUGGUCGCCACCCUGGAGACCAAGGAUGAGAUCAUCCAUGACCUCCAGCGGCGUCUCUGCCAACCAGGGGACACUCAGGGCGAUCCCGCCCAGGAUCAGGUCGUCGGCAGCAGCAUGGAUCGAUUGCCUUCGGGGCUCCCUCAAAGAGAGACGACCAUGAUCGGCGGGGACAGCCAGCAAGAAGCACUGCCCAGCCUGGUUGCUUUGCAGCAGGAGCACAAGGCUCUCAACAAAGCUCUGAGGGCCGAGCAGCAGCUCUACUCCAGCCUGGUUCGGACUGUGAAGGAGCAGGACAGCGCCCAACGUCUCCACGCUCUGCAGCUGGAGCUGACGGCGGUGCAGCUCCUCAGGCAGCAGCUGGAGGACGGCGUCAAAGCCAACGAGGAGCUCAGGGACGACUUGGAGAGGGAGCUAGACAGAGCCAAAGUCAGAGAAGGUGUGCGCGUGGUCGAUCCCAAAGAACUGGAGAGCGUUCAGCAUCAGCUCGAAGACGCCCAGCGCUGGAAUGCCUCCUUGCAGGCCCGCUUUGGGGCCAUCCAGAACCGCGGUGGUGGAGUGGGCGGGGCCAAUGACUGCGGAGACUCGCUGAGCUUCGCCGGAGACCAAACGUCUUACAUGAGUAUCUGUGCGGGCGAGGGGCACGACGACCGAUCGCAUCAGGAGCUCAGACAGAAGGUACUCGAGCUGCAGGACUGCGUCAAUAAGCUCCAGGCUCAAAACAAGGAGGAGAAAACCGCGGCCAGCGCUCGUCCCUGGAAACAGCAAACGGACACCGCGACGAUUACGGAGGUGCCACCUGGAGAUGAUCGGAUGCGCCAAUCUCAGGAUCAAGCGACUCAGACGGAUGUCCCUCCGGGGCAGUCACCAGUGGAUGAGAGCGUGGACAGCGGCCUGGGCCAGAGCAGAGAGCUUGUCCAGUGUGCCGGUCCAGAGACCAAUUCUGUAAAUUGUCUGUUGAGCGACAGUGGUGCUACAACACCCCUGCAACUUAGAGAGGAAGUCCUCAGGCUAACCGCUGAAAACGUGCAACUCCGAGGCCUGUUGAAGGAGCAAAAGUCCAACGAGUGCAAAGAGAAGGAGAGCACGGACGCGUCCGGGAACAGCAGCGACGGGCAGGCGGAAUUAAGACGGAGCCGGGAAACUCUGCUGCGGGUUCAAGCCAAGAACAACGAGGAUGAAGGCCCAAAGGUCACCACUGAUGGAUUGGGAACUCUUCAAGAUGGCGGUCAAAGCAAGAUUGGAAAAGACAGGGCCUCUUUAAGAUCUCGCCUGCCUGUCCCGGUGAGGCCAAGAGCCGAAGCUUACAGCGACGCACAUUUAGAUCCCUGUAAAGCGGACACGGCGCAGUGCCCUCACACAGACUCUGACCAGAAGUCAUCUGUCGACUCCACCGUGUCAUCGCAACCGAGGGCCGGCCCAUCUCCUUCCCGCAGUUCCGCUCCCGACAGCAGCUGUCCCGCCACGCGCACGCCUGCUGACACCCAGGCCCACGAUGCUCUUUUUGCCCAGCUGGAGCUCCUCCACCAGGAGUGCCAGGAGAAGGAAGCUUUGAUCAAGAAGCAACUGGCUGACUGGGAAGAGCUCCACGCGCAGCUCCAGGACAAGGAACAUCUCAAUAGGCAGUACGUGGCGGCCUUGCGAGCAGCCGAGUCUACCAUCUCAUAUUUGACCGCCUGCAGUCUGGACAGCCAGACUGGAUCUGGACCGCAGGAAGGGUCUGCUUCUAUGGGCUGCAACAGCACGCAGCUGGAUUUACACAAAGUGCUCCAGGAGAAAGAGGCCCUCAACAAGCAACUUAUCCAACUUUUGAACUUGGCAGAGAAGCACAUGUCAUCAAAAGACAGCCAGGAAACGUGGGCAGAAUUUGCAGAUCUCCGUUUGAAAAUAGAAGCAGUGAACGCCUCGUCAAAGGAGCAGGGAUCCUCAGAUGUCUUUGGAGGUCUUGAGGGUUUGGAGCAUAGUGAUUCUUUGGAGGGAACGGCAAGACAGAGUGAUUCCAUAGAGACAGCAUCAGAAUCUCUCACAGAAAAAGAGUCGAAGGAUCAGCGGGACACAAGAGAAAGUUCUAAUAUUUCAAAUCAGGAGAUGACCAAAGUUCUUGCGAAACGUCUUAGCUUGAUAGAAUCGGUCAUUUCUUCCUUAGCAGCAGCCUGCACCAAUACCAGCACAUUCACCAGCCCUGAGCUCGAGGAGCAUUUGGACAAACUCCAGAGGACUGUAGAAAACAGCCAAGAACUGGACCACCUGACUCAAGCCACGCAAUCAAGUAUCCACUCUGAAAAGCUUCUCAACUCUGAGCUCCACCACCAUCUGCGACUCCUCUGCAAGGUCCUCGCCGACCGCUCUCAGAGGAUUUGUGAGCUCCAGGCCUCCCUGCAGGAGGAGAGGUCCCGUCGAGAAGAGAGCGAGACCCGGGCCACGCUUUCAAAUGGCAAGGGCUUGGCACCGAACGUUCAGGCCCAGCUGGAGACUCUGCACAAGGCGCUGAGGGAGAAGAAAAAAGCCUGCGAAAACCUCGAGGAGAAACUGGCCACGGCGCAAUCCGCACCGUCCACAAAUAACACGGCAGGCAGAGCUGUGGAGCAGGAUGACAAAAGCGUGCAGGUGGAUUUGCAGGACCUGGGUUACGAAACCACGGGCAAGAGCGAGAACGAUAGGGCAGAGAGCAGUAGCACAGAAGUCGAGAUGGGCGUCAAAGCAACCGGAAGCACUUCUAGUCUCCCUUUGCUGCUGACUCCAGAGCAGGCGCACUUAUCCUCACCUGAACAUGUGGACUCCACCUCCAGCACUCCGUACCCGAGUUCCCCCACCUUGAGCUCGGCCAAGGUCAGUCUGAAAAGCCUGCAGACCUAUGAGGAAUACGGUCUCUCCGAGGACCCGCUGCAGCUGCAGGCGCAGGUGCGAGAGUUGAAGACUCAGUUGGAAAGCCAGACCAAACUCGUGAGCCAGAUGCAAAGUCUUCUGCAGAGAAACGCCAUCAACCUGGCGGGAGGCCACCGCUCUGACCGUUCGACCAGUCGGGACGGAACGCAGGACCAUCACGCGAGGCACAGUCGGGAGCCGAUGCGGGAGAAAGAUGGUGAGGGAAAAGACCGGUCCGUUAGGAGCGAGGCCAGCGAGUCGGAAGCCAAGAAGGCCACGAAGGAGCAGUUGCAGCACGCUCGCAGCCGUUCCGCAUCCCCUGCCAGUUUGGACUCCCUGGUGCAGUCGCAGGCCAGGGAGCUGUCGCAGCUCAGGCAGCAGAUCAAGGAGAGCCGGCGCCUGGGCGGCGUGCAGCGGCGUCAGAUGGGGGAGCUGAGGAGGGCCUUUCAGGAGCUGCUCCGGGCCAGCCCGGCGGACUGCUACCUGGGCGAGGUGGUCAAAGGGCAGCUGGACAAGACCCUGAGCAUUCUCGAUCGCCUGGAGGGACGCCUGGACAAAGGAGAGACUCAUCAGGAUAAUGAAGACGUGGCGGCUCUGGAGCGUUCUAACUGGUUGGCCAAAGAACUGCAGGAGAAGAAUCGCCUCAUCCAGAGCCUGCAGAGUCAAGUCCGAGGCCAGAGUCCCGGAAGUCCCCACAGCGCCCACUCGGAUGUAGACCCCCCGGACCGGGCCUCAUCCUCCAGCCGCGGGAGUCCGCCUGUGCAAGGGGGGGCAACGGACUCGGCGGCCGCGUCCGGCCGACUGCUGGGCUUGGAGAGGGAGAACGGGCUGCUUCACGAGCGGCUGAGCAGCAGCGAGCAGCUCAACGCCAGCCUCCGCCGCGAGCUGGAGCUGCACCUGUCCGUCAUGGCGCACCACCGGGACGGACGAGAUGCGGGGGGCGCCUCGGCGGCGAAAGCCUCCGCAGAAGUGCGGCCCGUUGAUUCAGACCUGCUGGCCGAGCACCUCGAGGAGAUCCGAGCCCUGAGGCGGCGCCUGGAGGAGAGCAUCUGCACCAACGACCGCCUCAGGGAGCAGCUGGAGAGGAGACUGGCCGAGCUGGAGAAAGACGCGGCCACCAACAUCUUCGUCCACGGCAACGAGGACCAAGCGCAGCUGGUCAAAGAGGUCCGCUUCCUGUGGGUUCAGAACCAAGGCCUGAAGGAGCAGCUCCACCAGGAGUCCAAAGACAAGCGGCUGCGGGACGACCUGGCGAGGCGAGCGGCCAGGCUGGAGCAGAGCAGGAAGGAGAACGACGUCCUGAGGCAGGAGAACGCCGGGCUGCGGGAGAGGCUGGACCUCGGCGGCCGAGAGAACGCCAGGCUGCUCCGGUCGCUGCGCGCCAGCGAGGACCAGCUGCGCGGUCUGCAGUGCGAGGUGAAGCUGCAGCGUCAGCAGGUGACCGACUCGCAGCGCCUCCUCCAAUCGCUGCGCGUGGAGCUGCAAGUUCACGAGAAGAUGGAGACGGCGACGCACGCUCAAGACCCCGGUCGCCCCCCGCCCGGCGCGACGGAGCUGUCGGAGCUGCUGUCGGAGAUGCGCCACCUUCGUCUGCAGCUGGAGAGGAGCAUCCGCACCAACGACACGCUGCGCCACAGGCUGGAGGAGCAGCUGUGGGGAGGGGCCGGACACUCGGAAACCAUCAACAUCAACUACGUGCUCUCCGCCGCCGCAGAUGGCGCAAGCGGGCCUCCGGCUCGCGAAGGCGCCGACGUCUACGGUCAUCAAGUGCGCCGUGAGGCGGGCGGCGGCGGCGGCGGCGGCGGCAGCGGCAGCAGCUCCGGCGAGAGCACGACCGGCGCCCCCUCCCGCCUGGUGCCGGGCCACCGCCUGUGGGCCAACCGCAACGGGCGCCACAUCCUGGCGCUGGUGGAGGACUACGGCGCCCUCCGCAGGCACAUCUCGGAAGGACGCAAGCUCCUGCGCGGCGUGGACGUGCGACUCCAUCAGUGUCUCACCAGCAAGGCGACGGACGACGAGAGCGUGAAGCUGUUACGCGGCGACGUCGGCACCGUCCAGCGGGUUCUGGACGAGGCCGCCCGCCUGCUCAAGCUGGCGUGGAGGGUCUCCCUGCCGGCAGGGGGCGCCGGGCCUGCCGGCAACAACCAGCAGGACGAUCUGAAGAAGGAGAUCUCCCGUCUGAAGAGCCGACUGACCCAGCAGGAGCGAAUGCUGAGCGGCGCCGUCAAGCGCCUGCGGACCACCAACCAGCUCAAGGAGGGGAUGGAGCGGGUCAUCGUCGACCAGCUGUCUCUCACCCACGGCGUGUUGAAGAAAGCCCGCGGAAACUUAGAGAAAAAUCACUGUUACCUCUUUGGCCCACAAGGACAAGGAGGUGCCUGUAAAUGGCCAAUAGGGGGCGUCGACGUGUACACGUCGGAUGAGCAGUGACUCCACUUCCUGUUUCUGUUCCUGCUGUCAGGUUUUUAUUGUUCAUACGACUGUUCAGCAUUUUUGUUUUGUUUUUCCUGCUUCAUUUGCACAGAAGUGGCUUUUAAGAGUUUUAGGUACUGGUUCUGGUUCUGGUCGCGUGCCCCCGUGUGUACAUAGUCAAUUAAUCUGGUUUAUAUUCUGCUACUAUAAGACGACGGACGUGUAUAUUUUGUUGGAAGCAGUAAAAAAAAAAAGGUUUGAA